UGUGUCCCAGCACAGCGAGGAGAACAUGAUGAACCCCUACAAUCUGGCCGUCUGCUUCGGGCCCACGCUGGCGGCCGCCCCCCCCGGCCUGGACCCCGUCUCCACCCAGCCCCACGCCAACGAGGCCGUGAAAUGCCUGAUCCUGCACCCCGAGGCCGCCUUCCCGCCCCCCGACCAGCUGCCCGGCCCCCUGUACGAGCGCUGCCUGGCGCCGCCCGACGAGGACGGGGAGACGCUGUCCCUGGACCCUGCGGCUGAGGAGAGCGAGGGGGAUGGGCCCCCCGAGACAUCGGCUGUGGCCAGCGAGGAUGACCCGCAGGGCCCCCCCGAGGCCGUGGCCCGGUUCUCCUACGAGGGGCGCUCGUCCCAGGAGCUCUCGUUCCAGACGGGUGACCGGAUCCGGCUGCUGGCCAAGGCCUCCCCAGACUGGUGGCGUGGGGAGCUGGGGGGGGCCCGCGGCCUGGUGCCCCACAAGUACAUCAGCCUGAUCCCCAGCACCGAGAAAAGCGGGAGGCGCCGAACCUCGGGGUCGGACGGAGACGCCGCGUCCCCCCCAGCUGAGCCAACACCAGAGUCAAUCAGCAGGCUGCGGGUGAACUCGGAGGGCAGCCGCGGACGCCAGCGACCUGGGACCAGCCCCAUCCGCAAACUGGCUUCUCCCUUCAUUGACUCGGGGCGUCUGCCCUUCCCCCUUCAGCCCCCCAGCGCCCCCCGGGCUCUCGACAGGACAGAGCGGGGGGCUGUGGGGGUCGGCCCCUCCGGCAGAGAGAAACAAGGGGCCCUGGAGAAGCACGUGGAGAUGGAUAAGGCUGUGACGCGCAACAUGGACUCCGUGUUCAAGGAACUGCUCAGCAAAAGCGGGGGAAGGCGGGGGGGCCCGACAGCGUCCCCGAGCCCCCUGAGACCCUAGGGCCCCCGAACCGCCCUGGCCCCCCCAAACCUGCCUUCGGUCUGCACGACAAAGGGCUCUUCAAAGCCGCCGGGAACGGGCAGUGAGCCCCGGCUAUCCUCCGGGCCAGACCCACCCCCAGCUCCUGGGGCGCAGGGGGCUCCCUUGGGGGGUCCCUGCCCCCCGCUUUGAGCUCAGCUUUGUACCUGGGGGAGGGGGAAGCUGCUGUCCGUUGGGGGUUCCCCGCACCCCAAAUAAUGUUUGCUUGAAUUCUCU